AUGGUUCCACCCUAUCGCCCUUUCCAUUGCUGGCGAUUAUAUGCCUGCGCGGUUAACGGAAUUGGAACAGAUGGGUAUACGUACUACGUGGGGAUAACUAAUGACACGCGGCAUUCGGCAGACAGCCGACACGACAUUAACCAUAAUGCAGCAGCCCUGGUUCUCGACAGCAACGGCAUGUUCUACCCUGCUAUCACCCCUGAAUCUGCCGUGAUCAGAGUGCUCGUCGCUGGGAUUCUCCCCUACUCACAAGGUAUCAACAAGGGUAAUUACGAGCUGACUCUAUCAGGGCCUGGCAGUGCGGCAUCGGGCGAUCGUUGGGGUCGGUGCGAAUUCACCAAGCUGGGGCCCUGCCGCUAUGUUGGGCAUACCCGCCUGCAACGCAUGAUGGGGAUCGAAUGUCGCGAAUUGACGUACGCGGAAUGCUUGAUUGCUCGAGAAUGGCUUUUCUUGGACAAGAGGUGA